AUGUCCGACGAAGUGAUGAGAGCGCUGAACAAUUGCCGCUUAUCGCACUUGUCGAGUCUGGCUCGAGGCUUUGACGGGUCGACAACGACGAAGCUGUUGGGGCCUCAGAUAUUGUGCUAUGUCUCGUGGCAAAGACAGUUCCUGAUGAUGAAGGAAUUGGCAAAUGCUGGAACCUGGAGAAAGAUGACCGUGGAGGACUACGGGAUCUCAUCGAGCAUGGUACAUCGUGCAGACUACCAUCUGCUCACGCUCCCACACCUGACUCAGCUAUCUCCGGUAAGGAAUCUGGUCCGGUUGGUGCUGCUAAUCGGCGACAUUGCCGCCUUUAUCGGGCUGCCUUCAGGACCGUUGUUCGUCCCCCGUCUGUCGGUGCAGCUAAAGGGCGCAUUGCGGGCAGUGAAUCUAUGCGACCUGCCCAACCUCGGCGACGAAGUUGUCCGUCUGAUACUCUGGGCAUGCUUUUAUGGCGUAGAAUUGUCAAUAGGUCUUGCAGAGCACCCGUGGUUCUUGUUGUACCUCAGACAGAGCCAGAGGAUUCUUGGGCUCCACCAGCCUGCUGAAGUUCUGGCACUCCUCGUCAGCUUCAUGUAUACGGAGAAACAGUUCUUCAAGAUCUCAGCAAUAGUAUGGAAGGAUGCGAGCGGAGAGGAAAGUGGAAGAGGCCGCGAACAGCGUCAUACAAGGAGCAUCCAUUAUGACCUUCAAAGACUGAGUUUAGUGCAUAUCGUGGCGGGAACGAGCUGA